UACUCAAUUCACUCAUCAAUGAUUUAAGGUCGAAUCUAGUUGACUACUUACAAUGGUUACAUUUACAAUAAUCGACACAAGGCCUAGGACUUGGCCCUACUCCUAGCCUACACCUAUGUAAGCCUAAGACAGCCUAUAUGUUACUAUUCUUUCUGACUAUCCUGUAUGUUCAUAGAAUUAGGGCUUCCAAGUAAAGUGAGAUGGAAUGAAAAAAUGGUUGGCGGGGAAUGAUCUUAGUUAAAUGUUCUAGGGCUGGGAUACUUAAAAUUUUUGCAGCAGCACUGCAUCCCCUGUAAUUUAAAAACAUCUCCUCCGCCCCCCCCCCCCCCCCCCCCCCCCCAAAUAAUUAAAUGAUUUAGUUUAGUUUUAUUGUUCUAUUUAACUUUCUAGAAAAAAGAAAAAAUUACCAAUAAAAGUAAUUUGUGAAUAAAAUUUACCUGGAAAAAUUGUUUACUGCUGCUAAUCAAAAUACAUAACUACUAUUUUUUUAAAAGGCAGCAACAACUAUAACUAGCUGUGGCAGAAGAUACAAUUUGUGGGUCUCCUGCACCUCAGGAUGCUUUCAAUCCUGGUUAAGAAUAACUGUUUCUCGGGAAAUGUUUCUGACACAGGUGCAGUUAUUUGAUAUCCAUGGGAGGUGAUUUUUUUUUAUAGGGUAAGUGGGUGCAGAGGUUUGUUAUGCCAUAUUUCAAAGCGUAUCUGGAAAUUUGAUCAAAAGAAAUUUUGUUGAUGGUAAAUUGAUCGAUGGAAAUUUGAUUGAACUGAAAUUUGGUUGAAUCUUUUUAUCAGUUGUUACGUUAAAAUUUUGCUUCAAAUUUCUUUUUGAACACAAUAUUUAUUUUACUAUAUAGCAUAGUGCGUUAAAUAUUUCUUGUUUACCUUUAUAUUGGAAUGCCAGCAUACCAAAUAACUGUGUUUUAAGAUAUUGAGAUAGCAUUUUUUUUUUUUAAAUUUACAAGGAACAACCGGCUGUAACAAGGUGGCAGAAUACAAACAACGUUAGUACAAAAGGAAGAAAAUCUGAAAUUUUGACAACAAUUAAUUGGAGGAAAAAGUCAUAUCUGUGGAAAAUACACUAAUGACUUUGGCCAAAAUCAUAAUGUAUGUCUUCGGAUGCGUAUUUUUCCUUUCGUAAGAAGAUAAAUUGAAGCUAACCAGUCCUUAUACUGACAUUAUACCCAGUUCACUUGAUACUUGGCUCCUCUACCUAAUGUGCCGUCGACCCAAUGUCUUGUUGCAUACUAUAACAGUGAUGAGAGUUCACAAGCGCCUAACAGGCAGCAGUGAAAGUUCUCACACAUUUUCUCAUUUUUGAAGUGUUCUCUUCAAAUUUUAUUCCUGGAUAGUUGGAUAUUUUUGGUUCUGAAAGUUUCUUGGACUGUUUAAAAGCUGAACUUUUUCAUUCAUAACACGCUCAAUCAGGUUGCAGUGAGUGAUUUCUUGGUAGGACUAUGUGAAACAAUUUUUUUCGGGCCAACAGGAGACAGAAUGAUCAAUAUUUGAUUUUGGGCCCUUAAUAUAUGGAAGAAGAAGAUGGCAUCAAGAAAAUUCUUUAUUUAAGACUAUACAGUAGCAAAUACUAGUUAACGUAAAUAAAGAAGAAGAAGUAUCUAUUCCCAACAGAUAUGACACCUUUUAGGACCCUUCUGGGAUUAUAGAAAAGUUUCACUGCGGCACACACCACAGCAAUGCUGCCAGCGUCAUGCACUAUUUGGUCAGGGUCGAGCCAUUUACAACUCUGCACAUAGAGAUUCAGAGUGGCAAGUAAAUGCAUAGAGUGGUUGCUGGGGGAGGGGGGUGGAGGGAGUUUAAAAUGCUGCACAUAGAGCAUUACAGUGUCAAGUAAGUGCAUAGAGAUACUGGUGGAUGCUGGGGUUGGAGAGCGGGGCAGGAGGCAGCCAAUUUAGUGCCCCCAUCCCUUGUUUUACUGACAUUGUUUAAAUAUGUUCAUGAAUUCACUGAGGCUACUUGUACAUUGGUUAACUGCACAGUACAUGUAUGUCACUUCCACUUGUACAUUGGUUAACUGCACAGUACAUGUAUGUCACUUCCAUUGGUACAUGAUCAUUUGUAUAAAAAGACAUUGCAUCUGAAUACCUUUCUGAAAUCCAAUAAGCUAUUACUAGAGUUGUGCACAAAAAUAUUGUCAUGAAGUCCAAAAGGAAUCUACAGGAAUCUUUAUGCUGAAGUUUUUCAGUAUGUGGAUAACCAAAUUUGUUUUUUAAAGAAAAGUUGAUCCUUCCUUUAUUAAAAGCUUAGACAAUACUUCCUUAGGAAUGGGUAAGAACAGGAUGUCUUAAAGAACAGGUUGCGUGAAAGAACAGGUUGUGUGAAAGAACAGGUUGUGUGAAAGAACAGGAUGUGUGAAAGAACAAAUUGUAUGAAAGAUCAGAAUGUGUGAAAGAACAGGAUGUGUGAAAGAACAGGUUGUCUGAAAGAACAGGAUAUGUGAAACAACAGGGUGUGUGAAAGAACAGGUUGUGUUAAAGAACAGGUUGUGUUAAAGAACAGGUUGUGCAAAAGAACAGGAUUUGUGAAAGCUUGAAUGAAAAUAAAGGAUUGUCUAAUCAAAAGAAAGUUUUGGCUGAAAUUCUUUAUCAACAGACAGCUUGUUAGACAAUGCACAUAAUCUUAUUUGAAGUUUCUUUUGUGUACAUCCCCUGUGUAAUGAUGCAACUUUUGUGUAAUUUGCAUGUACUAUGGUGCCACAAUCCCCAGGUUUGAUGUGGCCGACCAUCAGUUCCACUCAAUUCCAGGGAUCUUCUCCUCCCUGAUGGACAACCCAACUGAUGUCAAGGAACUACUUCCAGAGUUUUCUACUUCCCCGAGUUUCUUGUCAACUUCAUUGGUAAGACUUGCUGUAAAUGCCGCAGUGCAGUCUGCAACACUGCUAAGUAAAUCUUAAUGCAGUCUGCAACACUGCUAAGUAAAUCUUACUGCAGUCUGCAACACUGCCAAUACUGAGAUGCUCAUCUUUAAUUGCAAUACUUUAUUUUAAAGACCUUUGCUUUAAAUCAGUCACCAAAACCUGUAGACUUUCUAAUGUUGGAUCUAUGCCAGUGUUUCUGUUGACAUUUUAAUUUCAAUGUUUGACUAUCACAUUAAAAAACACACUUUUUCUUGGCUUAAUUCAUUGCAAGAUUACAAUUACAUCUGUAGAUGUGACAUUUUCUCAGUUACUAACAUAGCACAAAUCAAUUGUUUGUAUCAUGUCCAGGUUUUGAUCUUGGAAGACUUCAGAUCACCAAAACGUCUGUGGAUGAUGUCGAGUUGCCUCCCUGGUGCCAGCACACCUGAAAAGUUCAUUUAAUACCACAGACAGGCCCUGGUAAACAUGUCUUUUUUGCAACUACUUGUCUUUCUUUGGUUACAUGACAUGUUGUCAUGUAGGUCAGUCUGCCUCCUUGGACCAGCCACGUUUCAUGAGUUUAAUGCCAGGAUGUUUGACAGUACAGAUGUGACUGCACUGUUCAAACUGUUGGGUAGUUGAGAAUUGGGGUAGACCCCCACCCUGUUUUCCUCACCUGCCUGUGGCACCAUGAUAUGAAAUAAUUGUAAGUGGUUUAUAAACAUGGACAGACUUCUACUGUAUGAAAAGAUAUGACCCAUACCAAUAGGACUUCUUGCCCGUGGCACUAUGAUAUCAAAUAACUGUAAGUGGGUUAUAAACACUGACAGAAUUCUCCUGUAUGACAGAUAUGACCCCUACCAAUGGGACUUCUUGCCUGUGCACUGUACUGAAACUGUUAUUUAAGUAACAAUCUGUGAAGUUUCUAGACAUUGACACUAGAGGUGUUUUAUAUAAGUUUAAGCACAAAAACGUCAUUGAAUGUGUUUUAAAUUAUCCUUUUUUUGCUUCUAUGUGAAAAUGAUCCCAUGUGGUAAAGCAUGUGGUAAAAUGGAUAAUGUGCAGAUACAAUAGUUUCAAUAAUAAAUAGCCUUGAUUUUGACGGUAGACGCUAGUAAGAAGUACAUUGAAAUAAAUUUGACUUUUUUUUCUCUCAGGAAAGUGAGUAUGUAUCAGCCAAUCUACACAACUGGAUGGAUCUGAUAUUUGGAUACAAACAGAAAGGCCCUGCCGCAGUGGAGGGCCUCGACGUCUUCUAUUACGUUACAUAUGAAGGUACACAUGUCCUCUAUUACAAAUUAAUAAUGCAAAAUGCAAGUCAUCAAUUAUGAUGGCAGGUUGUCAUGUUUACUACUUCCCAGUAACAAAUUGUUUCAGAAACUAACUGUUAAAUAAAUAACACCAUCAAUGAGUACAUAACUGUUAAAUAAAAACCAUCUGUGGCAUGAGAUGUAGAAAAGAAAUGGGAAAUAUCAGCCAGGAGACAUACAGAUGAACAUCUUGAACAUGUGAAGACUGCUAAUGGGUUCGUGUGAAUGUGUGAAAAUGAAACUAAAGGACUAAAGUGUGUUGGGGGGUGGGGGUCGCAUUUGAUCAGGUGUUUGCUGAAUUCUUCAUCUGUGUGAUGUAUGAAUCAUCCAGGCAUGACUCAUAGACUAAAUCUCCACAUUAACUUUGUUUUAUUGAAAUCAUCAUUCUGUCAAGUCUAUUGAAAUCAUCAUUCUGUCUUAUGACUUGAAUCAUCAUCCUGUGACAUGACUUGAAUCACCAUUCUGUCACUUCAAUUAAAAUUAUCAUUCUGUCAUAUGACUUGAAUCAUCAUUCUGUCACAUCAAUAGAAAUCAUCAUUAUGUCACAUGACUUGAAUCAUCUUUCUGUCACAUGAAUUAAAAUCAUCAUUCUGUUAAAUUACAUUGAAUCAUUAUUUUCUCAUAAGACCAUGUAACAAUUUUUCAGGAGCUGUGGAUCUGGAUGCCAUCCAAGACCCGAAAGAGAGAUUGUCUGUUGAAGGCAUGAUCAGAAACUUUGGUCAGAGCCUAUCACAACUGCUCAAGGUAAAUCUUUUCUCUAAUGAAACCUUAAGAAAAAAAAUAGGUACCUAGAAAUGAUGGUCAGCAGAUUUUUUAAAUGUAAUUUUUACAUCAAAAUUGUAUUGACUUUAACUAUGAAUGAAUUUCACCGUGAUUGACUUUAACUAUGAUUGACUAUGAUUGAAUUUAACUAUAGUUUAUUUUAAGUCACAAUUUACUGGGCACUGAUUGGUAUUCAUAUUUUUUUGGAUUUGUUUCUAGAAUAGCUGAUAUGUUUUUUGCAUAGAAAUUUUUUUUCUGUUGGCAUUUUUUUCUAUUUUGUAUGCUAUAUAUUAUUUAUACUGAGCAUUGGCAAGUUAUUUCAAAGCUGAUGUUUGUACAAUUUUGUUCACUGUAAAAACUCUUGUUUCAGGAGCCCCAUCCCAGGAGACUGACCUUUGAUGAGGCUGUGGUCAAGACCACCAAGUCUGGGAAGCCUUUGGGUGUCUUCAAUUUUUUGAAAGUCCUGAAACCUUUCUUUGUUGAUGUAAGAGCAUUUUCUUCUUCCAUUGCUAUUAUUUGUUAAGUGAUCAAUUUGUAAGAUCCAGUUAAGUGAUCAAUUUGAAAGGUCCAGUUAUUUGAUCAAUUUGAAAGGUCCAGUUAAGUGAUCAAUUUGAAAGGUCCAGUUAAUUGAUCAAUUUGAAAGGACCAGUUAAGCGAACAAUUUGAAUGAUCCAGUUUAGUGAUCAAUUUGAAAGGACCAGUUCAGGGAUCAUUUUGACAGCUCCAGUAAAGAGGUCAAUUUGAAAGGUCCAGUUAAUUGAUCAAUUUGAAAGAUCCAGUUAAGUGAUCAAUUUGAAAGGUCCAGUUAUGUGAUCAAUUUGAAAGGUCCAGUUAAGUGAUCAAUUUCAAUUUGAAAGGUGCAGUUAAGUGAUCAAUUUGAAAGGCCCAGUUAAGUGAUCAAUUUUAAAGUUCCAGUAAAGUGAUCAAUUUGAAAGGUCCAGUAAAGUGAUCAGUUUGAAAGGUCGGGCUAAGUGAUCAAUUUGAAGUUGCACAUUUAAGUCACACGUUGCAGUAGGCAGUUUAAACACUAUGUCAUGUUUUUUGUGUCCCAUCAGGUUGAGACCUAUCACAACCAUGGAACGCUUGGUGCCCAUUCAGUGUGUCACUCUAUCCAAUGGCAGUAGUCAUAUACUCGCUGAGCUCAAGGAGGGGAAGCCUAUCAUUGUGGGCAACAAGGGGAAGUGAGAUUACCGGAGGCUGGUCUUGUGGCUUACAUUUUGAGGAAGUGAGAUUACCAGAGGCUGGUCUCGUGGCAGACAUAAUGAGGAUGUGAGAUUACCGGAGGCUGGUUUUCUGGCAGACAUUUUGGAAUAGAGGCUUAAUUUGUACGGUUGCACAGGGAAGUGAGCACUAAACAAUUCUGUUGUAAAACAUGUGAUUUUAUAUCAUAAGUGAUUUAAAGAAGGAUUUACAAACUUUUAGUGUGCUGUGAGA